GAAUGGGCCCGGUAGCAGCAUCUAAAGCUGAGGACGCGAUGGGGGGUGUUACAGACACCUACCUACCAGCACCGAAUCCCUUAAAUAGUAGGCCACGAUAAUGCAUAUGACCCUGUCCUGAGCCUGUGGCCGCAUCGCGGAUCACGUAUGACUGCAACCUAAAUCCUAGAGAUGAACUGUCUCUGUGGUGGAUGGUUACUCGAUAAGGUGGGUAUAUCUAGUCGACUAUGAUCAUCGUGGAAUGAAGAGACAGCCCACCCCCUCACCCGCUGUCUGUUCUUCUCCGGCGUUGUCUUAGGCCUCAUAAUACUGCCGUCGCAAUGAUUUCAGGCUCCGUUCUCGAACUGUUCUUGCGCCAAUGGCUACCAGCUGUCUUGGUGGUAACUAUCCUAUAUCUCGCCCGAAACUACUUCAACAAGGGGCUCAACAAGCACCCAGGACCUUUACUGGCGCAUUUUACCGACUGGUUCCGAUUCUAUAAGGUGUGGUUACGGCACCCUGAACAGUGGCAUAUACGGCUGCACGAAAAACAUGGGGAUAUCGUGCGCCUAGGGCCGAAUGUUUUGUCGUUUGGGAACCCGGAAGCCAUCAAGGUUAUCUAUGGACUCGGAAAGGGGUUCACGAAGUCAGACUUUUACCCUGUCCAGAUGGCGACGGCAAAAGGCAAACCGCUCCCUACGCUGUUCAGCACACAAUCGGAACACUUCCACUCGCAGCUGAAGCGGAGCGUGAAUAGCGCCUUCAGCAUGUCCGCUCAGCUGCAGUACGAGCCGUUCUUUGAUUCGACGAACGAAGUAUUCUUGGACCAGACAGAUAAACGCUUCGCGUCCACGGGCGAAUCGUGCAACUUCUACCGGUGGCUCCAGUUCUACACCUUCGACGUCAUCGGCGACAUGGUCUACUCGAAGCGGCACGGCUUUCUCGAGUCCAAUGUAGACGUCGAUAACAUCGUCCGCGACAACGCAAGGCUCUUUGACUACGCCGCGCUGAUUGGGCAGAUUCCGGUCCUCGACAAACUAUGGAAGAAGAACCCGAUCCGGUUAUGGGCAGCGAAACACGGGAUCGGCGAGGCGACAUUCGGCGUGGCGCGGUUCGCGAAGGCGCGGCUGGCGGAGCGACACCCGGCGGAGGGGGCGCUGUCGACGGAUAAGUUCGCCUGGGAGCAGAGGCAGGCGGCGCCGGCGGACCUGCUGUCGCGGUUCGUCGAGGCGAAGGCGGCCCGGCCCGACUUCUUUACCGACGAGCUCGUUGUCACCAUGUGCGUGUCGAUGGCGUUCGCGGGGUCCGAGCCGGCCGCCGUGUCGCUCAGCGCCGUCUUUGCCUCGCUUCUGCGACACCCGGCCUGUAUGGAGCGCGUCGUCGCCGAGCUCGACGCUGCUGCCCGGGACGGCUGCUUCGCCGACACCCACACCGGCCGCGUCUCCUGGGCCGAGAGCCAGGGCCUUCCCUACCUCGACGCCUGCAUCCACGAGGCCUUCCGCGUCCACCCGGCGCCCGGCCUCCCGUUCGAGCGCGUCGUGCCCGCCGGCGGCGUCCGCAUCGGUGCCGAAUUCGUCCCCGCCGGUACCAUCGUCGGGUGUAACGCCUGGGUCAUCCACCGCCGCGCCGAGGUCUUCGGCGACGACGUCGAAGCCUUCCGACCCGAGCGCUGGCUCAUCGACGGGCGCAAGGACCAGGACCAGGAGCUCGCGCGGAUACGGCGCAUGAAAAACACCCUGAUGCAGUUCGGCAUGGGCCCGCGCAUCUGCCUCGGCAAGCACAUCGGCCUCAUGGAGAUGUACAAGCUGAUCCCCAGUGUGCUGAGGAGAUUUGAGCUUCAACUAGAGGAGUCGUCCAAGGAACCGAGGUUCCGGAACGGCUGGUUCGUCAGGCCUAUCGACUUCCGAGUGCGGUUUCGGAAGCGAGAGCUCGUCCAACCGGUGAUCUCGUGAACACGUCGCCAUUGAGCUAGUAACUGUCCCAGUCGCGUUGCGGGCAAAUUGGUCAGGCAGGGGGAAUCGCUGCACAGAAGUUAGCGUCUUGUUGUCGUGGCUCGGAUAAUAAGCAGGUAUUCUGUUUUGUGUUCACUUUGACCGCUGUUGAUAACGUCCUAUCGGCCUUAUUUGGGAAGCCUUCUCUACUGCCUCUGUUGUUAUUGUUAUUAUUGUUGUGCAUUGCGACGAGAUCGAAUCUAAUUGCCAAAAUUGCAGAGCCAAUACUUUGUCGUGACCAGCGAUCCCAUCGUGUUCGAGUUCUGUAUUGCCAUCUGCUCUAAUGCUUGGAACUGCUGCGACCGUUGAUAAUUGGGGGUCUCUGUUUAUCCGUUCUGCAAUGUGUAAUAGGGGAACCUCGGACCUGGGUAUGUGCAUAUCUACACCUGGGGAAAAAAACCCCGAGGUAGGGAGGGGUUAUUCAAUUACACAGCCAUAAGUUCGGACCUCCGUACCCUUUUCCUUAUCGGGAGGUGGGUGCCCUUUUCGUCGGGGGAUAGGUACGUACCCUCUUAUCGGAAGGUAAGUAUCCUCUUCAUCGGUAGGUACGUACCUACUUAUUCGUCGUAAACCUUCUCCUGCCUUUCGUCGCAACUGCCUUCAAUUUGCACCUACCUUAAA